AAUCCUUCCUAGAGGUGGCUAGCCAGCGCGAGCGCGGCGCGAUGGACGGCAGGGUGCAGCUGAUCAAGGCCCUCCUGGCCCUGCCCCUGCGGCCCCAGACCCGGCGGUGGAGGAACCCGAUUCCCUUCCCCGAGACGUUUGACGGCGACACCGACCGGCUGCCGGAGUUCAUCGUGCAGACGGGCGCCUACAUGUUGGUGGACGAGACCCUGUUCUCCAGCGACGCCCUGAAGGUGACGUUCCUCAUCACCCGCCUGACCGGGCCGGCCCUGCAGUGGGUGAUCCCCUACAUCAGGAAGGAGAGCCCCCUCCUCAAUGAUUACCGGGGCUUCCUGGCCGAGAUGAAGCGGGUGUUUGGCUGGGUGGAGGACGAGGACUUCUAGGCCGGGAGCCCCUCGGGCCUGGGGGCGGUGCUCGGGGGAGGGUCCGCCGCGCCCGCCGCCGCCGCCGCCCAGAUGGCCGCAGGCGUCGCCCCGCCGCGCCUCCCGCCCCCUACCUUCGCCGCGCUCGAGUGGCCGCGCUCUCCCCCACGCUGCUGUCCCCUCCCGCGUAGUGCUUGCCUUUGUUCCAGGAAUAGCGCUCCAGGUCCCCGCCGCUGCCUCUGGGCCUGGCUCCGGAGCGCGCCGCCGC